UACAAACAAAUAUUUAUAUAUUUUAACUUCGGGAACUAAAUAUGAAUAUUUUUAUGACACAAUGCAUCAUCAUUUGGUACAUUCCAUUCAAAAUAACAUUAUUAUCAAUGUUAAUGUUAGUUGAUUCAUGCAUCAUCACUUGGUACAUUCCAUUCUUUAUGACGUCAUUCUGUAGGCAGGGUCUGGUUGCCACAACACUCAGCUAGAUCAAAGGACAGUGACACAUCACUGUCAGUUAGUUCUGUCUACUGUUCAGUUGCGUUCAGUUUUUUUAUACUCUCACUUCAGAAAUCAGUUUCUGAUCACUGGUGAGUAAUUUAAAGAACAAUCGCAGGAAAAGUUGUUGGUUCAACUUGUUGCUCAAACAAAAUGUUCUCAAGAGUGGAAGAGAUGAACUCAACAUUAGGUUUGUUGAAACAAGACGACAGCCCGCGUUAUGGAAAUAGUUUAGGAAAAAUAUCAUUUCUUAUUGAAGAUGAAAUGAAAAACAAUCAUCUUUACACAGAUAUGCAACACUCUUGUAAUCCAGAAGAUGGCUGGAUGUCCGAAAGGAACGCUUAUUUCAUAGAACAACUUGAGAAAUCCCAAUAUGAGCUUCAGAAAAGUUUGACGAAUGCUGUGAAAAUGAAGAAUGAGAACGACAGAUUAGAAGCACAGAAUAUUGAAUUGAAACGCUGUCUUGAACAGUACAAGGAAGAUAUGGGAAUGAUGGCAACACAGUUUUACAAUAUGAAGAAGACUUUAGAUGAAUCUGAUGACUUUACAAGUCAAGUGAAUUAUGAAAGAAGCCAAAGCUUUCUUGAAAUGUAUCAGACUAAUUACACAGUUGAAGACACCUGUAAUAAAAUUAACGCAAUCACAGCAACAGCCAAGAAAGACCUGGAAAAGAAUAAGGACCGUCUCAUCUGCAACUUAAGAGAGCAUGUGCGAUCAGCACUUCUUCAGGUUGAAAUGAAACUCGCCUGGAGCGUUCAGAAGCCAUCAGACACCUUUCAGUUUAGUGGAAAUUGUAUCACUGCUUUGCAAAACGCAAUCAUAGACAGUGAACAAAAAAUAUGUCAGCUAAAUGAGCAGAUGAAAAUUUAUACGCACGAAAUUGAACAAAAAUUACAGUUCAGUAAGGAUCAAAUGGCAGUUGAACUCAAAGACAGGGAGGUGUCAGAUCUCUCUAAACAGGUUGAAAACCUCAAGACUGAGCUAGAGUCUGCAAAAAUGAGAGCACAGAAAGCAGAGCAGGACCUUAAACAUGCAAAAGUUUGUGCUAAUGAAACAGAGGAUUUGGUCAAGGGAGCUGUGAUCAAAUUCAAGCAGUAUAACAAACAUAUUUCGCAUCUACAGUCAACCUUCAAUGAAUUUGGUAAGUGGAAAAAUCAAAUCGGAGUCAAAAAUGGUAAGGCGAAGGCCUUGUCUGGUGUAAUUGAUCAACUUGAGGAAAGUAUAAAGGACCUUGCUGAAGAAAGUGAGACAGUGUAUGACCCGAAACUCCACAAACCGUUGACAGACUUGAGUCAGGUUGAAGAGAGGGCUCUAGAAAUGGAGGUUGAUUAUAAAGAAUUAACUAGAAAGAACAAGGAGGCUGACAGAGAAAUUCAGCAGCUGAAAAAUAAACUGAAAGACAGCCCCAGCAAAGAAGAGAUCAAUUCUUACAGAAAACAAAUUCAAGAGUUGCAGAAAUCGGAAGCUGCACUUUCUGAGGAGGUUUCUGGUCUUAGAAAAGAGCGCUCAAAGUGCAAUGAAGAAAUUGCAAGCCUUAAUGAAGACCUGGCUAAGGCUGAGCGUGAAAAAAUAAGUGCCGAGAGAAACUCUGAGGAGCUGAAACAAAUAAAUCAACAACUGGAGAUUUUAGUUAACUCUUUGAAGAAAAAGUAUGAGGCCAACGAAAGUUGCAAACAAAUGCUAUCAAAUAAACAAGAGGAAAACGAAUCCACCGCAAGAAAGAACGUUGCUCACACUAAAGAGAAACUUAAGGAGAUGAAACAGAGACACGACGAGGAACUGGCACAGCUGAAACUGGAUACACAAAAAGAAACUAAAAAAUACAUCAACCAAGUUAGGCAGUUGGAGGAAAACCUUCAAAAGGAGCUUGAAAACCAGGCAAGCGUUCAAAUUAAGCAAGACCCAGACAUCUUUGUGAAGCUUGGAGAAACCACUGUAGAGCUUCUUUUUUGCCAGGAAAGGCUGGAACGCAUUCAGAAAGAGAAAGACACGCUGGAGAAGGAAUGUGAGGAGCUCAAAAUACAAGUUAAGCAACUCAGUGGUGAAAAUAAGAAGUCAGGCUCUAGGAUGUCUCCUGGAAUGAAAGAGAUGGAAAAACCUGAAAAGUUAACUUUAGCAUUGAAAAGUUCUCCUGAAGAUCUAGCUGGCAAAGUGAGAAUCUUGCAAACAAUGGAGAAGGAUCCAGGUUCAUCUGAAACUGAUGAGCCAUGCUAUGCGGGUUCAGAUGACGAUGACAUGUUUCAUGAGAAUGCAGAAACACGAUCACCAGUCUCUGAUAAUGAUUAUCAAAGUAGGUCAUCUGAAGAUGACAACGAUAAAAGUUCAUUUGUUUCAUCAGACUCUGAGUGCGAAAGUGAAACAAGCUCGUCUGAAGAUUGGAGCGAUGGAUCAUGCUCAUCGGACUCUACGUUUAAAAAUGAAAAGAUUUCUGUGGCUCGAACCUCUCCCAAGGAAAAUAGAUGCCUGCCAACUCCCGAUAAACGAGGGGGUGAAGGCAGAAAGAUGAAAACCCCUCCAAAGAAGAAUAAACAAGGCACAGGUGUCAUUUCACCAGAGAAAACAUCUCACAAAACUCAUUCAGGCAUAAGUGAAAACUAUGAAUUGCUACUGGAUGGUAUAGACCCACGUGAUGUUGAAUUGAUAAGAAAUUUCCAUUUGUCAAGCUCUGAUAAUGAAAAUACAUCUGAAGGGGAAAUAAGUGAAGCCUCAUGCUCAUUAGGCUCUAAGUCUGAACUAGGUCAUGACCACAGGACUUCUGAACACAAAAAAAGUGAACUUUCACCAUGGUCAUCAAACUCUGAGUGCGAAAGUGAAACAAGCUCGUCUGAAGAUUGGAGCGAUGGAUCAUGCUCAUCGGACUCUACGUUUAAAAAUGAAAAGAUUUCUGUGGCUCGAACCUCUCCCAAGGAAAAUAGAUGCCUGCUAACUCCCGAUAAACGAGGGGGUGAAGGCAGAAAGAUGAAAACCCCUCCAAAGAAGAAUAAACAAGGCACAGGUGUCAUUUCACCAGAGAAAACAUCUCACAAAACUCAUUCAGGCAUAAGUGAAAACUAUGAAUUGCUACUGGAUGGUAUAGACCCACGUGAUGUUGAAUUGAUAAGAAAUUUCCAUUUGUCAAGCUCUGAUAAUGAAAAUACAUCUGAAGGGGAAAUAAGUGAAGCCUCAUGCUCAUUAGGCUCUAAGUCUGAACUAGGUCAUGACCACAGGACUUCUGAACACAAAAAAAGUGAACUUUCACCAUGGUCAUCAAACUCUGAGUGCGAAAGUGAAACAAGCUCGUCUGAAGAUUGGAGCGAUGGAUCAUGCUCAUCGGACUCUACGUUUAAAAAUGAAAAGAUUUCUGUGGCUCGAACCUCUCCCAAGGAAAAUAGAUGCCUGCCAACUCCCGAUAAACGAGGGGGUGAAGGCAGAAAGAUGAAAACCCCUCCAAAGAAGAAUAAACAGGGCACAGGUGUCAUUUCACCAGAGAAAACAUCUCACAAAACUCAUUCAGGCAUAAGAGAAAACUAUGAAUUGCUACUGGAUGGUAUAGACCCACGUGAUGUUGAAUUGAUAAGAAAUUUCCAUUUGUCAAGCUCUGAUAAUGAAAAUACAUCUGAAGGGGAAAUAAGUGAAGCCUCAUGCUCAUUAGGCUCUAAGUCUGAACUAGGUCAUGACCACAGGACUUCUGAACACCAAAAAAGUGAACUUUCACCAUGGUCAUCAAACUCUGAGUGCGAAAGUGAAACAAGCUCGUCUGAAGAUUGGAGCGAUGGAUCAUGCUCAUCGGACUCUACGUUUAAAAAUGAAAAGAUUUCUGUGGCUCGAACCUCUCCCAAGGAAAAUAGAUGCCUGCCAACUCCCGAUAAACGAGGGGGUGAAGGCAGAAAGAUGAAAACCCCUCCAAAGAAGAAUAAACAGGGCACAGGUGUCAUUUCACCAGAGAAAACAUCUCACAAAACUCAUUCAGGCAUAAGAGAAAACUAUGAAUUGCUACUGGAUGGUAUAGACCCACGUGAUGUUGAAUUGAUAAGAAAUUUCCAUUUGUCAAGCUCUGAUAAUGAAAAUACAUCUGAAGGGGAAAUAAGUGAAGCCUCAUGCUCAUUAGGCUCUAAGUCUGAACUAGGUCAUGACCACAGGACUUCUGAACACCAAAAAAGUGAACUUUCACCAUGGUCAUCAAACUCUGAGUGCGAAAGUGAAACAAGCUCGUCUGAAGAUUGGAGCGAUGGAUCAUGCUCAUCGGACUCUACGUUUAAAAAUGAAAAGAUUUCUGUGGCUCGAACCUCUCCCAAGGAAAAUAGAUGCCUGCCAACUCCCGAUAAACGAGGGGGUGAAGGCAGAAAGAUGAAAACCCCUCCAAAGAAGAAUAAACAGGGCACAGGUGUCAUUUCACCAGAGAAAACAUCUCACAAAACUCAUUCAGGCAUAAGAGAAAACUAUGAAUUGCUACUGGAUGGUAUAGACCCACGUGAUGUUGAAUUGAUAAGAAAUUUCCAUUUGUCAAGCUCUGAUAAUGAAAAUACAUCUGAAGGGGAAAUAAGUGAAGCCUCAUGCUCAUUAGGCUCUAAGUCUGAACUAGGUCAUGACCACAGGACUUCUGAACACCAAAAAAGUGAACUUUCACCAUGGUCAUCAAACUCUGAGUGCGAAAGUGAAACAAGCUCGUCUGAAGAUUGGAGCGAUGGAUCAUGCUCAUCGGACUCUACGUUUAAAAAUGAAAAGAUUUCUGUGGCUCGAACCUCUCCCAAGGAAAAUAGAUGCCUGCCAACUCCCGAUAAACGAGGGGGUGAAGGCAGAAAGAUGAAAACCCCUCCAAAGAAGAAUAAACAGGGCACAGGUGUCAUUUCACCAGAGAAAACAUCUCACAAAACUCAUUCAGGCAUAAGAGAAAACUAUGAAUUGCUACUGGAUGGUAUAGACCCACGUGAUGUUGAAUUGAUAAGAAAUUUCCAUUUGUCAAGCUCUGAUAAUGAAAAUACAUCUGAAGGGGAAAUAAGUGAAGCCUCAUGCUCAUUAGGCUCUAAGUCUGAACUAGGUCAUGACCACAGGACUUCUGAACACAAAAAAAGUGAACUUUCACCAUGGUCAUCAAACUCUGAGUGCGAAAGUGAAACAAGCUCGUCUGAAGAUUGGAGCGAUGGAUCAUGCUCAUCGGACUCUACGUUUAAAAAUGAAAAGAUUUUUGUGGCUCGAACCUCUCCCAAGGAAAAUAGAUGCCUGCCAACUCCCGAUAAACGAGGGGGUGAAGGCAGAAAGAUGAAAACAUCCCCAAAGAAGAAGGAUGUCAUUUUACCAGGGAAAAUGUCUCUCAAAAAUCAAUCCGAAAAUUUUGAAAAUAGGAAAACAAUACAGAAGGCUGUUGGCUGUUCAGAUGGCGUGGUGAGUAGAGAACCACAGUCAUCAUCAUCAGGUCUCCAGCCCCUACCAACGGAGUCCGCCCGACUUCCAGUCAGAGAGAGACCCAUUGAACAAGGGUCACUCAACCACAAAGUGCUUCCUCCUAUUGCUGAGAAAUCCAAGUUUCCUCCUAUUUCUAGUAAACCCACACUUCCUUCUAUUCCUAGAAAACCCACACUUCCUUCUAUUCCUAGAAAACCCACACUUUCUUCCAAUAUUAAGAGACGUAUGCCCCAAUUUUAGAAAAC